ACAGACUUGAACGUGUCUUUCUUUUUUGGGACCAGCGGCUACACGUUCGCAAAAACUCACGUGCCAGUAACGCAGGCCACGUCUUAGUGAAUCGUGUUGGCUUAAUAAAUCUCAACCGUCCAUCUUCCUAUUCUUACAUCCAACGGUUUAUAUGAAAUCAUCACAUAGCUAUUCAGCUCCAUGGUGGAGCCUCCAGCUAUAUAAAUCAACAGUCAAUAGAUCACGAGAGGACCAAAUCGGAAAAAAAAUGGUAUCGUCGACCAUAAAGGCGGUGCUGAUCUCAACGGGAAUCACUGUCAUGGCUCUGUUUCUAAAAGCCUCUGUUCCUAUCGCAUUAGAUCUCUUCUUAUCGCUCACUCCGAUCCUUUGGAGCUCCUUUCUCUCGUGGCUGAAACCACCGUACCUCUUCGUCGUCAUCAACGUCAUAAUUACCAUCAUUGUAGCUUCUUCCAGUUAUCACGGUGGCGAAGACGACGAGAGUUCACCAAGAUGGCUGGAGGUUAAGGACGUGGAUCUGGAUGCGGAUUUCGUGGCCACAUUCCCGCCGCCGAUCGUCGUUGCGGAGGUUGAUAGAUCGGAGGUUGUUUAUGAAGAGAAAGAGGAGGAGGAGGAGGAGGAUGAGAUUUCAGGAUUGAUCAACGGUGGAGAUGAGUCUGUGGUGUUGACAUCGGAGCUGCAUCAAGCGCCGCCGGUGAUUGAAGAAUCGGAGAAUCUAUCUCCGGCCGAGAAGCCUCCGGUUACUGAUAGAUCCGGCCAACGGAAACCGGUCAAAGCGAGUCCAAAAGGCGGUAAAAAAAGGAAGGCGUUGAGAGUGGCAAAACCGAAGCGGUACGAGACGACGCUGGAGAACACGUGGAAGAUAAUAACGGAUGAAGGAAAGUCAACGUCGUUGACAAGCCAAUACCGGAGAUCCGACACGUUUGUACUUGGCGCCGGCGCCGGCGAGACACAACCUGCAUUGAGGAAAGCGGUGACGUUUAGGGACAUGACUAAUUACCAAAAGCCUCCGACGGUGACGACGCCGGUGAAGAUGAAGAAAGAGAUGUCGCCGAGUCGGGAUGAGCUGAAUCGAAGAGUAGAAGCGUUUAUUAAGAAGUGUAAGGAAGAGAGGCUCGAGUCGAUGAGAUUGGACAAAGAUUUGUCUUAAUUAUUAAUCGUUUUUAGUUUUUUUUUACUAUUUUGACUGUCAUUGUUUUUUUUUGGUAUUCACAGCAAGAAAUGAAUCAAAAGAGCAAUAAGAAAAAGUCACAAAUGAUAACGAUGUGUAUUAUUAAGAAAUGUCUAAUUUUCUUGACGAUGUGGAUAAAUUUCCA